AGAGAGAGAGAGAGGGAGAAAAAGAGAGAGAGAGAGAGAGAGGCAGGCAUUAAAUGACACACACUCCCAGUCCCUCUCACACUCAGUCUGUCUGUGGAUGCUGUAACAACGGGUUCAUUACCAGGAUUCUGGAGUAAAUCCAUUCCCCUCAGCCCAUAUCACACCUGCGUCAUCAGGAGCCUCGCACACAUUCCUCAGCACGCGCUUCUUCCGCUCGGCACCGAGAGCGCAGUUUUCGAAAGCUGUCUGUGGUCAGACAUGGUCCAGCUGCAACUGGGCACACGGUCCGUGUGAGAGAUCACCGUGGAGCGGAGGAUGGAGAGAAGACAACACAACAAACCAGAGAGCAGGGACAUGGACGCGUGUCUGAGACGACUGAAGCAGGAGCUGCAGUCCAUGAAGGAAGCUGGAGAUGGCCUCCACGUGCAGAUGAACUCGAUGAUGGGUGCGCUCCAGGAACUGAAGCUGCUCCGGGUCCAGACAGCUCUGGAAAACCUCGACAUUUCAGGUAAGGCUAUUUGCCGUGUAAUGCCGCCUCCUGCUCCACCAACUGAGACCGCUGCUGUAUCUGCUGGAGCUUCAAUGUCAGAAGAGAUUCACCGGUGCUCCCCAAGUCCAUCAGCGUCUUUGGGGAGCAGAAACACCUUGAACAGCUCGUCACAAGUCAGACACACAGUCAGAAGCUCCUCGGCCUCGGUAUCCAAUCUGAGUGAGACUGAAGGAACCUCAAGAACUCAAGAAGACGAUGUAAACCCUGAGACAUUCCCCAAAAGGUGGUCUGGAUACACAGCCCCUCAGGUGGACUUUUGUGGACCAGUGGUGGGAAAUCCUCCAGCAGAAACCUCCUCCCACCCUCCUGCCUGUGAUCCUCCUCAGGCUCAGGCGGUAGAUCUGCCUGGAAUCCUUUACAGCCUCUCCAGAGAGGGUCCUUCACUAGACGGCGACUACACAGAGGACAGUACAGAUGAUGCCGGCGACUGGACCUCUUCUUUAAUGAGCCGCAGCCGCAACCGCCAGCCCUUAGUCCUGGGGGACAACGUCUUUGCAGACCUGGUGGGUAACUGGUUAGAUCUGCCCGAGGUGGAGCAGGAGGAGAUGGAUGAGGAAGACUCUGGAGCUAAUGGAAGACAAGAGAGGACAGCAGAUAGACCGGGUACCCCGGCCCACCCUCUCCGCCUCAGCCGAUCACAGGAGAUCUGCAAGAAGUUCUCCCUCACCUCCAACAUCUUCAAAAAGUUCCUGCGUAGCGUCAGGCCCGACAGGGACAAGCUCCUGAAGGAGCGGCCGGGCUGGAUGGCUCCGGAGCUGCAGGAGGAAUGCAACCUCUUCAAAAGGCCUAAAAAAGUGGUACCUAAAAGUACAAAAGGCAGCUUCUACCUGCCCUUCUGGGCCGGCGGACAGCAGGGCAAGGGCAGGUCGUGUCCUCGCGUGGACGAGGCAGAGAAGAGGCACCAACGUGUACAACAACAUCCGCACGUGAACCAGCAGCAGUCGUUUCCAGGAAUCUAUUUGGACAGGAGACAGGCAGAGGCUGGUGUGGAGAAAAUGCAGCCUUUGUUUGACUAUAACACAGCUGUGUGGGUCUGACAGCCAGGCUGAGGCCAAGUGACGCACGAGAGACUGAUGGGUGCCGUCUCCCCAACAGGUGUCAGGGCAUUCAAGCUAAGAUGAAUGAAUGAAUGAACGAGUGUCUUCGUUGCUGGUUUCUUCCCAACUACUCAUUACAUGGUUGGGAUUAGGAGACUCUCUGUGUGUGUGUGUGUGUUUUGUACAGAUUGGUGCCCGUUUUGUAUCAACUAUUUUUAUGACUGUUUGCAUGAUCGCUGUUGUAAAGAAGAAACAAAAGGUACAUGAAAAAAACACAUCUUUCUCCGAUCUUCGUCAAAUCCACAAGCGUUUUUUCUUGCCUGUGCUUCAGGACACAUGUCCAUAUCUCACAUUGUUGCAUCUACGAAUAGACACGCCAACUGUUGGAUUCACUCUGAUACUGUUAUUUUAUACUGAGUCAAGCCACGAACAGCUGCUUGUGAACACACUGCCACCGAACACAAACUAUUCUCUUCUCUGUUUGAAAACUUCAGCGUCGGCCGAGUCUCGUUCACCACACUCAGGGAAUUGAUGCUAAAUAGACGAAAAAAACAAACACCACACAUUUAAGACAAUUCAUGUCUCUGAAACACAACGCGUGCUACGUCCAAAGACUGCGAAGUUACUUUUAGAUUUGAGAUUGAGUCUGACGUGAUUUGCAGCGAUUCGAUCGUUCUACCAGGCAGAAAACACUUUGAAGAAUCCAGAUACAGGUGAAAGCAGAGAGUGGAGCACAGCUGGGUCAUAAAUAUACACAGAGCAUCUGCCACCUGGAGGUCACUGUAUGUAGAGCGUGUGUUCACAGCAGAAAAUGAAUCAAAGUUUAUAGUUUCAACCUCACAGCUCUUUGACGUACCGUCACGUACGAAGGUGAACAUCAGACAGGAUCGAGGCAGCGUUGGAUACAUGUCGUUCUACUGGUUCUUCUGCAGCAAUAACACCAACAUUUAUCACGGUGCUCCGCUGCGCCAUCACCACACCGCUCAGAUGAACACGUCACAUUAUGAUAAAAGCCAAAGUUUGUACUUUUAACGCGACCUGUGUUUGACCUUUGACUUAUCACAUCACACCAUCACCACGAAAGGAUUGUUUUAGAGAUGCGAUCAGGAUCCACUCAGGAUUACAGGUGACACUGCCCCCCACAGGUGCAUUGGUGAUUUUCUUGUAUUUUGCAAAGACAAUCUAACACUCUGACUGUUUACUGUUUAUAUUUAAAGAAAACAAAGUUUUUUUUGUUUUUUUUAAUGAAGCCAGACUAAUGAACCCAUCCAGCCUGCAGGGAUUUAGGCCUCAGGACUUUUGAGGGUCUCAGCCAGUUGAUCCAUAUGGUGUUGGCCCAGUAUUCAGGUCAAUACACCCCACUUAUUAAGAGGGUCCAAUACAAAAACACACAAACACAAACACACACCCACACUGUAUAUUCAGAGAUAGUAUCUGCUGUAAAUCGGCGUCUGAAAUGCCAUACGUUUUAUGUCGAUGUUUUAUAACUUCCUGUUUACAGUUAUCUGAAUGUAACUUUUUUUUUCUGCUGUUGACGUUGUUCAUUUCUCUUCAUUUUCUUCAGGGGUCUGUGAACCUCCUGGGGUGUUUUCUGUGUCAUGUGCACUGUACAGCAGUUUGACUGACUAUUUGUAAAUUAAAACUGUUUUCAUAAAAAAAAAACAUUCAGUCCUGUCUUUUUUUUCUGUACAUUAACGCAGGUGUCUACGUUGAGCUGUUCGGCCAGUGUCAACACAGUGAAUCGAAGAAUGCUGCCUCCGGUGGACACUUACUUCACCUGUAAACUUUAACAUGAUUCCACUUUUGGAAAAUUUAGUUGAGUUAGUACU